AUUCUCUUCUAAUUUGCUAUAUUUGUGAAUUUUUGCGUCGUUCAAUUGGCCCAACUCAAAACGGCUUAGGCGAAACUAUAAAAACAUCAUCACCGUUUUUCUCCUCUUCAUUAUCCAUCCAUGGCUACCAUUACCACUGCAACUUCCAGAAUUGGAAUUCUAUGGAACAACUUGGAAGCUCCAAAGCACCACUUCUUCAACACUUGUACAAACUUGUCAUUUUCUAUUUCAAUCCCUAAUUUCAAGUUUUCGUCAGUUACAAUGCCACCCAAUUCCUUCCGAGCCAACGCUUCCUCUGGUAUCGACGCUCCAAGUGAAGAAUUGGAAGCUUCUUCAAGGGGGGGCAUUGGAGCAAACGACUUGUUAAUUGUAGGACCUGGAGUUCUUGGACGUUUAGUGGCUGAAAGAUGGAGACAGGAAUACCCAGGCUGUCAGAUUUUUGGGCAGACAAUGACCACCGAUCACCAUGAUGAACUUAUUAAAAUGGGAAUUAAUCCAUCUUCGAGAGAGACCAAGUUUUUGUCUAAGUUCCCUUAUGUUAUAUACUGUGCUCCUCCAUCCCGUACUGAAGACUACCCUGGUGAUAUUAGGGAUGCGUCAUUAAGAUGGAGUGGUGAAGGUUCUUUCCUAUUUACCUCAAGCUCUGCACCAUAUGACUGCUCUGAUAAUGGACCAGUAGAUGAGGAUGGUCCCAUAGUCCCAGUUGGAAGGAGCCCAAGGACUGAUAUACUUCUCAAGGCAGAGCAAGUAGUGCUGGAGUUUGGUGGUUGUGUUGUUAGAUUGGCGGGUCUUUAUAAGGAAGACAGAGGUGCGCACACAUAUUGGUUACAUAAAGGGACUGUGGAUUUUCGCCCUGAUCACAUCCUCAAUCUCAUCCAUUAUGAGGAUGCUGCCUCCUUGUCAGUAACCAUCUUGGAGAAGCAAUUUCGCAGUCAGAUUUUUUUGGGUUGUGACAACCACCCCUUAUCCAGGCAGGAACUAAUGGACUUGGUCAAUAAAAGUGGGAAGUUUGAGAAAAAGUUCGAGGGUUUUACUGGAACUAAUGGCCCUCUAGGGAAGAAGUUAAACAAUUCAAAGACUCGUGCUGAACUAGGAUGGGAGCCUAAAUAUCCAAGCUUCGCUCAGUUCCUUGGAGUUUCAGACUAAAUUGCGGCAGGAACUCUUUCGAAUUAUUGAAGAAAUGCAGGUUAAAGAAAAAGAGAAGAUUGGGCAAGUCAUUCAAGUAUUAAGAGGCCAAAUGUGAAGGAAAUGAGUCAUCCGCUUUGGAUCCGCUUCACAUCUGCUUUGGAGCUGCUAGCCAUCUGCUCUCUGUCUGCUCUUCAUCCGCUUUGGAUCCGCUCAAGCAGAUCAAGAAUAAGGUGGCAGUUUUGUAAUUUCCAUCAUAUAUAGAGUGGAGUUUAAAAGGAGGGUUUUAGUUCCUUUUUCAAGACCUAAUUUUCAUCUUGUAAAAAUAGCCUCUCUUUUAGCUUUUUAUCUUCUCUCUUCUCUUUUAGCAUCUAUUUUUCCAUCUUUUGAGAAGUUGGUACUAAGCUUGAAUGAAAAAUAUAUGUUAGCGACUUUCCAUUGAAAAAUUAGUGAAACCCCAAGUGUGGGACUACAUUGUCUCUAUUUCUCAUGGAUGAAGUUAAUGAUAACUUUGGUAUAUUCUUAUCCCUUUUAU